AUGAAAUCACACUGGAUACGUGUGAAAAAUUCUGAAAUUCUUGCGGCUGGAGUAGCUGUGGAGUUGUACGCCCCACUCAAUAUUAGUACAUUGAGCGUGGUUGGCACUCGUGUUGCCAAUGCACCAUCCCCAAAUGCAAAAGCUUCCACCAGCCGAGAAGAUGACCUGAACUGCCAGAAUGACGGUUCGGAUGGUCGGUUCAAUUUACGACUGAUUGGAAAGGAGCAUAUCAGCGGUCCGGAACAGAAUAAACUCACGAACUUCGAGCGACGUGGUGUGGUUAGCAGAACCAAAUACAUCGAUCAGGGUCGUCGUACGUCCAAGAAAUGGAGCGAAGCCGUGAUGGUUCUCUCUGGCCCAUGGUUGUUCUUAUAUCGAGACGCGAAAGCAGCUAUGCCGCUCGAGACCGAGAAUUCCGAUAGUUCGAAAACGAUCUAUCUAGUUCAGUUGCCAGAAAAUGUGCUGGACUCUUGGAAGGCUGCAUUCCGAUACGCUAAAGAAAUAUUGGUAAGUGUCCUCCGUGCUUGCGUGCAAUAUUAUUAUAUUUUAUACUUGUCUGUGGCGGAGCCUUCAAAUUUGUCUGCGCUGUUUCCACUCGAUCAUUUCUACAUUGCUUUUUUUUGUUCUGUAGUGUUUCGUUGCUAUCGCAAUGACGCCAGUCUCAAAAUGGCGUUAUACCUUCCUAGAAAACAUCAGUAG